CCUUGAGGUCUAGGCCACGGCUGAACCAUCGCGCAGUUUGGAGCCAAUCGAUGUUUCCACUAGAUCAGCUUCUGAAUGCCUAUUGAGGAAGCUGUUCCUAGAUCUGCACAGGCAAUCGCGACUUGGUCUGGCGUUGCUAGGUGAUGUGAGCUAGUGAAAAGCUGAACCAAGACAUGCAUCGUAGCCUAGGAAACUUCCAGGGGAAUUGGCGCCUUUGGUCUUCAACAUUGGUAUGGAUGGCGGUCGCUUGAUUAACCUUCAAGCGAGGGGUGUUUAUCUUUGAAGUAGGAUAACAUGCUAGCUCCUGUAACAUAAAGGGCCAGGCGCCAUUUUGGUCGUUCCAGUCCCUUCAGCCUUCAUUGACAACUCCAUUGAUUCAAGUUUGCCUAUACCUCGAUAAUCCAUCAGAAACGGCAAGAUGAGGCACUCAAUCACGCAGCUCACAGCUGUUCUCACAGUUCUAUUCACAACAGCACAUUCUGCAGUCCUUCCACGGGACAAGCAAGGGUCCUGCACGAAGACCAAGGUCGCUAUUCUCGGAGCCGGUGUUGCGGGCAUAGCGGCCGCCCAGAACUUGACAAAAGCGGGCAUUGACCAGUUCAUCAUUUUAGAGCACAACAACUACAUUGGUGGGCGAAUGAGGAAACAAUCCUUUGGCAAGAACGCAGCUGGACAGCCUUACACUAUUGAGUUUGGCGCCAACUGGGUCGAGGGUAUCGGCUCGGCCGCUACACACGAAAAUCCCAUCUGGCAAUUGGCAAAGAAGUACAAGUUGGAGUCGCAUGAGUCCGAUUAUGAUAAAUACAAGACAUUUGAUCAAAAAGGAGAGACAGACUGGAGCGACAAGAUCGACGAAUUAGAAGCGAUCUACGGAAAGGCUGAAGCGGAAGCUGGUCGCCUCUUGCUAGGCAACUUGCAAGAUACUUCAGUACGUGCUGCCAUUCGCUCAGCAGGAUGGCGCCCAGACAAGGAUGACAUGCAUGCCCAAGCCGCGGACUGGUGGAAAUGGGACUUUGAAUCCGCUUGGACACCUGACGAGAGUGGUCUCGUCUUCGGAACGGCUGGCGGCAACGCAACAUUUGGUUACUUCAGCAAUGUCAGCAACCUCGUCGUUGACCAGCGUGGCUUCAGCACCAUCAUACAAGAGGAAGCCAAGACGUUCCUCAAAGAUGGCGAUAAGCGACUACGACUUGAGACCACGGUCGAAGGCAUCAAAUACGGCAAGGACGGCGUGACAAUUACAACGAAUAAAGGUGAUUGCAUCCAGGCCGACUACGCGAUCUGUACCUUUUCACUGGGCGUGUUGCAGAGCAAUACCACCGAGUUCAGCCCCCCUCUCCCCGACUGGAAGCAAAGUGCCAUUGAUCAAUUUGCAAUGGGCACGUACACCAAGAUUUUCAUGCAGUUCGAAGAGGCUUUCUGGGACAACCAAACGCAAUUCUUCCUCUAUGCCGAUCCUCUCGAGCGUGGCCGAUACCCUCUCUUCCAAUCACUCAACCCUGACGGUUUCGCUCCAGGUUCCAACAUUCUCUUUGGAACUGUUACUGGAGAGCAGGCAUGGCGCGUGGAACGUCAGACAAACAAUGAAACGAUGGAACAGAUUCUCGACGUCCUGAGAUUGAUGUUUCCUGACAAGAACGUGACGACGCCGACUGACUUUGCAUACCCUCGCUGGAGCACUGAACCUUGGGCAUAUGGCUCCUACAGCAAUUGGCCCGUCGGGAUGACCCUCGAGAAGCAUCAAAACAUGCGCGCCAACGUCGAGCGUCUCUGGUUCGCGGGAGAAGCCAACUCCGCAGAGUUCUUUGGGUUCUUGCACGGCGCGUACACUGAAGGCCGUGAUAUCGCUAACAAGAUUGGAAACAUCAUUAACGGAAAAGCCGGUGACGAUGAGUUCGACAUGGAGAGGUACGAGAACCUUCAUGGAACGACAUUUUUGGAUGAGUAUGAUGAGGAUAACGGAUGGUUGUUUCCGUAUGAUGUCGAAGAGGGAGAAUGAGGAGAUUGAUGUCAAUUCUCUGUAAAUAAUUAUGCAUGAUGGUAAUGAUUGUAAUGCGACGGAAGGUUUGGGUACUAUAAUGAGAUUAAGGGACUGUUAUUGGUUUGCUCAAUGUUCUGUCAUUCUGAUGCGUUUGUUGCAUGUUGUCGCCGAUACCGCUUUGGAGGCUUAUAAAUCAAGUGGCUGGGGUU